AUGAACGGAGAGCUCAUAUCCCACGAGAGCACUUCAAAGUGGAUGAGCAAGUGGACGAACAGUAUCCCACAGCCUGACGGCACGAUAGAUUUGCUUCAUGAGCACCGCAAAGCAGUGGCAAACGUCGCAGCAAGUGUCCGAAGCUUCCACGACCGUGGCGAAAAGUUCCGCAUCUACCAUGGCUCGACGAACAGCACACGAAAGUCGGCGAUGGGCCGCGACGCAAACACCGUAGUCGACACGAGCCAAUUGAACAAGGUUCUGCUAGUUCAUGCUGAUGAAGAUACACCCUAUGCUCUCGUGCAGCCGAAUGUCCCCAUGGAUCGCCUGGUCGAGGAGACAUUGAAGUACAACCUCAUACCACCAGUUGUUAUGGAGUUUCCAGGAAUCACUGUGGGUGGUGGCUACGCUGGUACUUCUGGAGAAUCAAGCUCGUUCAAGCAUGGCUUCUUCGAUCAGACUCUGGAUCAAAUCGAGAUUGUUUUGGCUAAUGGCGAUGUCGUUACGUGCUCGGAAGACGAACAUCGAGAUCUAUUUCGUGGUGCGGCUGGAGCUGUUGGCACGCUCGGCGUGACGACGUUGGUCAGGCUUCGACUCAGGAAGGCGUGCAAGUAUGUGGAGACGACAUAUCAUCCUGUGAAGGGUGGCAUGGACGAAGCAAUGGCGAAGCUGAAGCUCUUCACCAACCGACCAGACGAGGUAGACUAUCUUGAUGGGAUUAUGUUCUCCAAGACUCGAGGGGCAAUCAUUACUGGUCGUCUGACGGACAAUCCAACACCAGGCAUACCAGUACAGCGCUUUAGCGCUCCCGGCGAUCCGUGGUUCUAUCUCCAUGUGCAAGACAAGAUCGGCAAUCACAGCGAGUCAGCUUCUGAGGCUGUGCCCCUACCUGAGUAUCUCUUCCGCUACGAUCGAGGCGGGUUUUGGGUCGGCGCCGCUGCUUUCGACUACUUCAAACCAUUACCUUUCAACAGCUUCACAUGCUGGUUUCUAGAUGACUUCUUACAUACCCGGAUGCUGUACAAUGCACUCCAUAGCAGUGGACAAUCUGAAAGGCUUAUCGUGCAGGACUUAGCGCUCCCUUAUGCCACCGCAAAGGACUUCGUCGACUUCACAGACUCUCGUUUCAACAUAUACCCGCUGUGGCUGUGCCCGCUCAAGCAAAGUGUGUUGCCGACAAUGCAUCCUCAUCUGAAUGAAAAGGAGUCUGAUGGUACGACUCUCAAGCCAAUGCUCAAUGUUGGCCUCUGGGGCCUUGCGCCGCCAGAACACAAAGCCUUCCUGGAAGCAAAUCGCGAGCUGGAGGCAAAGUUGCUGGAACUAGGAGGCAUGAAGUGGUUGUACGCGCAGACGUACUACACAGAAGAGGAGUUCUGGUCUCAAUUCGACAAGUCGUCCUACGACGCAUUGCGCGACAAGUAUCAUGCCAGCAGUCUAGCUACCGUCUACGAAAAGGUCCACGUGAAGCACGGGAAAGGUGGUUCUGACGAGGAGCUCGAUAAGACCUGGACACAGUUGCUAUUCGACAUGUGGCCAGUCAGUGGUCUUUAUGGUCUUACGAAGUCUAUCGAGAGUCGUGAGUACAUGAAGGCUCGCGAUGCCACAUGGAAGCACUGGGUACCACGAUGA